UGCUGUGGGUGGGUGGGUGAAUCCCUUUGUGUUUUUGAGCUCUGCGGUGGAGGGCUGAGCAGCUGCAGGUUGCAACUGGGAAAUCCAAGCAAGCUGGGAGUGUAGGCGAAAGACAGUGAUGAUGAGGAGGAGGUGGUCCACGUGGACCGGGACCACUUCAUGGAUGAGUUCUUUGAGCAGGUGGAAGAGAUCCGAGGCUGCAUUGAGAAACUGUCGGAAGAUGUGGAACAGGUGAAAAAGCAGCACAGCGCCAUCCUGGCCGCCCCCAAUCCAGAUGAGAAGACCAAACAGGAGCUGGAGGACCUCACUGCCGACAUCAAGAAGACGGCCAAUAAGGUUCGGUCCAAAUUGAAAGCGAUCGAGCAAAGCAUUGAGCAGGAGGAGGGACUGAACCGGUCCUCUGCUGACUUGCGCAUCCGCAAGACCCAGCACUCCACACUCUCUCGGAAGUUCGUGGAGGUAAUGACCGAGUAUAAUGCAACCCAGUCCAAGUACCGGGACCGCUGCAAGGACCGGAUCCAGCGGCAGCUGGAGAUCACUGGCAGGACCACAACCAACGAAGAACUGGAGGACAUGCUGGAAAGCGGCAAGCUGGCCAUCUUCACAGAUGAUAUCAAAAUGGACUCACAGAUGACAAAGCAGGCCCUUAACGAGAUCGAGACGAGGCACAAUGAGAUCAUCAAACUGGAAACCAGCAUCCGCGAGCUGCACGACAUGUUUGUGGACAUGGCCAUGCUUGUGGAGAGCCAGGGUGAGAUGAUUGACCGCAUCGAGUACAACGUGGAACAUUCCGUGGACUAUGUGGAGCGAGCUGUGUCCGACACCAAGAAAGCUGUGAAAUAUCAGAGCAAGGCGCGGAGGAAGAAAAUCAUGAUCAUCAUUUGCUGUGUGGUGCUGGGGGUGGUCUUGGCCUCAUCCAUUGGAGGGACACUGGGCUUGUAGGCCCCUGCCCUUACCCUUCCGGGCCCCUCCCCCACCACACUGGGAGCAAUACCCCCACCGCCCCUGUCAGUCCAUCCCCUGCUCCAAGCUCACCCCCAGAACGGACCCGAGCAGCCCCCUCCCCCACCCACCCCCACGGCAGACCCUGGAGUCCCUGGACCUCACCCUGCCAUGGACCACCCUCCCCGGCCCCGCACGUAGGUAGCAGCAGGCGCGAUUACACAUGCACACCAACAUGCAUGCCGCUGGCACAUGCUCGAGACGUGUGGAUGCCCCAGCGUGUGUGUAUGCGUGUAGAUGUGUGUGGACACACUGCGUCACCCUCUCUGCCCCAGCCUGGAGUCUGCGGUCUGAGCUUCCUCAUCACUGGGAUCGUGGUGACUGACUGAGUGUGACAGCAGCCCACCACACCCCCUUGUUUUCUGUGAAUAGUGUGUGUGUGUGUGUGUGUGUGUGUGUGUGUGGCCAAGAUCUGUGGACGCACAACCUGUGUGUGUGGAAUUUUGUGUUUGAGUGUUUCAAACGCAUGUAACAUCUAUCGCUCCACCAGCGCCUUCUCCCUGUCUGCUGUGAAUGCAUCAUCAGUGUGUGCUGAUGUUCACUUGCUCAGAGGCCCUGGGGAGGCCCGGAGACACGCAGGCCACGGCACACAGCCCACAGGAGGUAGAACAAGCGUUCUGACCAGCGCAGGGGCUGCUGUGCAUCCUUGUGUGUGUAGGUGCGUGUUAGGGGCCUGUAGAAGUGAGCGGGAGCAUACACGUGUAAAGACUUAGCUUGACCUGUAGACUUGUGCUUUUCCAAGUAGAUGUGGUGAGAGGUGUGUGUGUGUAUGUAUGUAUAUGUGUGCAAGCUCACACACUGGAAGCGUUGAUAGGAGCCCUCCAUGUUGGGGACCCAACACCUGGUGAGGGCAGAGACAGAUCUAGUUCUGUGCUACCUAGGGUACAGCUGUGACUCCGUGUGUGUGUGUGUGUGUGUGUGUGUGUGUGUGUGUGUGUGUAUGCGCGCGUGCAGGUGUUUAGGGGCUUUCUACAUAGUGUUUUUGCCCCCUGCAUAUCACACACACAUUUAUCUUUAAGGUCACGUGCCCCAUCAUUCCAGUGUUGUUUAGCCAGAUUUACUUGACCCCGCCCCCCUUUCUAGUGGCCCUGCUCUUUGUCUGGCGUGGCCACACACACUGCUAUGUGGACAUUGUGCAACUGGAGCUUCCUGCCCUGCCAAGCAGUCCCUCGUGCGCACAUGCUUUCAUCUUUAUCUUUUCUUGUCUGUCCAAGGACAGGUCUGAGCUUGUGUCAACCUGAGUACCUCAGGCAGGCCGAGGCCAAGGGUGAAGGUGGCUCCAUCACCCUCGUGUGAUGUGAGUGUGAAGGACACUCACACAUGCUGUCGCUAGCGGUGCUCCCACAGACCUGCACCCACCUGCGCGCGAAUUCCACCUGGGAGAUCUGUUUGUAGGGCCCUGAAUGAGGAGCAAAUGUCGGGCUGCCCCAGACAAGUGGAAAGUCAGGAUGUUGUCCCUUACUGCCUCCAGGACAGGACUUCUGCUGUGACCUGGAGGAAGGCUCCUCCACUAGAGUGGACAGUUGCAGCAGUGGUCACUCGGGGUGUUUAAUCCUCUGGACUUGUCUCCUACUGGGACACCCCAGGAUGCAAGCCUGUGACUUGUGACAAGGGAAGGACUUGUGACCCAGGUCGAGGUGGAGACAGCACACAGUUUGUGGGUUGGUGGUUUGGUGAUAGGAUGGAUGUGCAGGGAGAACAGCCGGAGCCUGAAGGCCCCUCGCCACUCUGUGACCCAGGGGCAUGUCCGUUGAGCACCUGUGUACUCACGGGAGUGGCCCUGUGUGUGUACCGGGUGACAGGCUCCAGAGUGUGCACAGCUUCCCACAGCUGCAGAUGCGACCUGAAAUUUGAUUCUCGGCUUCCUGGGCCCGUUUAUGUCAGUGUGACCCCGUGUAAGCCCAGGCCAGCUGCUCCAGGGAGAGGGGUGUGCCUGCCCUUCUCCAGAUGUUCCUACAGGACAGGAAGGCCAGCCGUGGUCUGGGUGCGGCUUGCUGCUCCCAUCUUGGGCUGCUGCUUCCUUCCUGUAGUCCCUCCAAGGCCCCCUUCGGCCCAGGUGUUUCCCAAAGUCCCCAGCCUCAGGGUAGCACUGUGCCUGGAGUGCUGCUUCUGCCUCCUCAAGUGGCAUUAGGCCCUUGGCUGCCCAUCUUGGCCUGAGGAGGACUGAGGGUCUGGUGUACCCCAGCUUUCUGCAAGUUGUGCGCGUCAUGUGGCGGGUUUGCUUGGUGGCUGCUUUUGCAUGUGUGUGUGGCCCAAGCGAGGUCUGGGGCCAGUGCCUUGCAUGUCCUCAGACCAGGGUGUGCUGCCCUCCCUCGGCGCAUCUACAGCCACCAAGGUCAGGUGUGCCCUGUGGGUGGUCCCGGGCCUGGCCAGGGCUCACUGUUUUCCCUCCCUGUCCCCUCCUCUCACAAAGCACACUGCGUGACCAUCCCAUGUGUCCGUGGGUCGACGCACGUUCUCGCCACGCCUUGAGCGUGCACACAUGACACGUUCUAUGCAUUCGCCCGGCCCCAGCCUGCCCCGCAGAGGACAAGAUGGGUGGCCCCGGCUCCCUUCUCCCCUCCCCGCUGUGCAGCCGUGUGCGUUGGCGUGUGUUUCUGUGUCGCUGGCGUGUCACGUGAUGUAGCCGUGUUUGCUGACAUGAGCCCCUGCCCCAUUUCUCCAUUGGUUUCUAGAGCUCUCUCUCUCCUCUUCCCGGGGGGACAGGACUCCUGGGGCCUGGCUGGGGGCCCAGAGCCAGGCCGCCCUCUCCUGUUAGCCCUCCGAGUCUCAUUUCUCUUUAUUGGUGACCAAGUUGCAAAUGGAUAAAACAGGAAAUUUUGCCCCCCACCCCAGCCCUGCAUGUCCUGUCCCCAGAGCCCCCCAACCCCACCCCGGGCCGGGUCGAGUCCGUGGGACGGGAGAAAUAGCAACCAAUCCAACAGCGGGUGUAUUGUGUGCUCACUUCCUUCCGUCCCCACCUGGGACGGCGUCGUGGGGAGGCGAGGUCUGGGGGAGUGGUGGAGGAGCUGGACAGACAGCUGGAUACAGGCUUGGGCAAGGACUUGAAUCCAGAGGUUGGCCA